AUGGCCACCCAGCAGGAAAGAAACAAGGCCGUGGUGCAGAGAUACUUCGACGAAUAUUGGGGCAAAGGGAACGUCGAUGUUGUGGACGAACUCUGCACCGACGACUUCGUCAUCGACUAUCCCAUGCACGGCCCGCGUCGAGGCAAAGAAGCGGCCAAGAGAAUGCUCACCGAGUUUCGCGAGGCGUUCCCAGAUGUUUCCUUCCACGCCUACCAGUUUCCGCUGAUCGCCGAAGGGGACUAUGUGGUCGGUCGCUGGAUCGGGGGAGGGAAACAUUCCGGGAGAGCCUUUGACGACCUUGCGGUGGGAACGCUGGAUCAGCCCAAUACGGGUAAACAGGUGCACUUUUCGGGGACGACCAUUUUCACCUUGAAAAACGGCAGGAUUGUGGAGGAGAUUGGCGAGGAGCAGGCGUUGACGGCUCUCCAGCAGCUGGGGUUGGUGGCUCCCCCGAACCCAGGCAAAGAAGUUCAAUAUGAUGCGGAGGGGAACCAUGUCUGA